AUGAAAAACGCAGGCGCAGGCUUGGGAAGAUUCCCAGAACUGAAGCAGUUUCUGUCAUCAUUUGUCCAAAUCGGACCAGAUCCAGCUUCCCGCGAGGAGCACGGACGGGAGAGCCGGGCCAGUCACCACCAGAAACGUAAGCGUCACAAAAAGGUGGAAACCAUUCAUUAUCUUUGCAAUUGGCCAGUCUAUGUUCUCAACGGAGAUAGAUUUGAGAAUCCCAACUAUCAGAUUGUUUUGCCACAGCUUUUCUUUGUUAAACAAACACCUUUCUCCUCUGAAAACACUCACCAAGAAGUGGCAAGAGCGCCUGAGAGAGGCCUUGCUAGUGGCAGUGAUCCCAGCUGGGAGACCGGUGAGGGGGGGGAGCUGGUGACCGCCCAACAGCUGACCUGCUCCUCCUCAGCCCGUGCACGUGUCCUGGGGCUGCGGGACAGACAAACUUUGCCACCUCAGUGCCGCCUGCGUGUCCGUGUCCUUAACGCUGAAGCGGCGUGUUCUCACGUGAACGUCCUUUUCCUUGACAGCGGGAAGGACGAACAGAGCUGCCUCCUUCCAAGGAGACCCUGCGGGAGCGCCGAGGACCGGAACGGCGUACUGCGACUACACUGUACUGGCAGACAGGAGCGGGCAGUCUUUCUUACCGAGACGGCGGAAGAACCGGUACCUACCCGCUGCACAACGGCCGUGCAGUUUUUCAGCCGUGGGCCAAAUGUGUUGCAUCAAGAGAGCAGUGCACCGCAAGCUACAUUCUUUUCACCUCUUCAAAAAGUGAUGUUGCCACCGCAUACAUUUCAAGGGAAAGUGGCUUUUAUAACUGGUGGAGGAACUGGGCUUGGCAAAGGGAUGACAACAGCUCUCUCCAGUUUAGGUGCCACAUGUGUUAUAGCAAGCCGGAAUCUUGAUGUUUUGAAAGGAACAGCAGAAGAAAUUUCUUCUAAAACAGGGAAUAAGGUUUAUCCAGUCCAGUGUAACGUGAAAGAUCCAGUUUCCGUUAAGAAUGCUGUUGCUGAACUAAUCCAAGUGGCAGGACAUCCUGAUGUUGUGAUAAACAAUGCAGCUGGAAACUUUGUUUCUCCUUCUGAACGACUCUCUGCUAAUGCAUGGAAAACAAUAACUGAUACUGUGCUUAACGGUACUGCCUUUGUAACUCUGGAAAUUGGAAAGGAACUUAUUAAAGUACAAAAAGGAGCAGCGUUCCUGGCUAUUACGACAAUUUAUGCAGAGAGUGGUUCAGGAUUUGUGGUGCCAAGUGCUUCUGCCAAAGCUGGUGUAGAAGCAAUGAGCAAGUCUCUUGCAGCUGAAUGGGGUAAAUAUGGCAUGAGAUUCAAUGUGAUUCAACCAGGUCCGAUAAAAACAAAGGGUGCUUUUAGCCGUAUUGACCCCACAGGCACAUUUGAGAAGAGAUUAGUUGAGAGGAUUCCCUGUGGCCGUCUGGGAACUGUAGAAGAAAUUGCAAAUCUUAGUAUCUAUUUCUGCAGUGACUAUGCAAGCUGGGUUAAUGGAGCAGUUAUUAGAAUGGAUGGCGGUGAAUUUGUUUCUAUGGCAGGAGAAUUCAAUGACUUGAGGAAGGUUACCAAAGAGCAGUGGGAUGUGAUGGAAGCAAUGAUCAGGAAAACAAAGGGCUCGUAAAGUACCUAUCUUACUGUAUUCCUAGUGAUGUUUUCAGAAAUGAACCACUGAACUCACGAAUGUUUAGAAACAGCCUACUAAGGAAUAGCCUUCCAAACAUUUUAUAUGCUGAUUUCAGUGAAGUAUUCUGAAAUUGUGAUAAUUUGAAUACAGCAUGUGUAUCUUUUCUAAAAUAUCUGUUACCAAAAGCAAAUGACGGAUGUUUAUUAAAAUUUCACUCUUCUCUGGAUAAUGGCUUACAUAGCCAUGCUGUGAUCUAUGGUUAGUUUACUUUUUAAUAUUUCAGAAGAUUUUUUUGGCCGUGCAGAUACAUGCAAGUAUUUUUUUUAAUAUCGUAAUUUCAAUAACAUUUCUAGAACAUCGUACCUGAACAUAACUUAAUCUAAGAAAAGCUAAAAGAGUAGGUUCUGAUAUUUGCAGUUCAGUUAUAAUCCCUAAAUUUGCAAGUAACUUUCAGGUUGUCAACAGAACUGUAUUUAGUGAGAUAGAAUGUAAGCUCUAAUGCAGUAUUUUUCACAUACAAAGUUUAGAGAUAUAGAAGCAUCUCAGUCUCAGCUUUUACUGACAUUUUCAGUCUGUUAAUUAUCUUCUGUUGAACUUUAAAAAUGGUAUCUAGAGACAAAGCUUGCCUUACUGAGUAGAUCUUUCUUCAUCAUAGAUUAAGUUAAAGUUCUGGAAAGUGAGAAACUAAAACCUAAUUUACUAUUAAUGUGUAUGUGACUAGGAGAGUGUCUGCAUAAGAAAGGCUUACUUAGAGUAGUAAGGGACGUUUGUAAUUUGGGAUGGAAAGCAUUGAAAACUCACUAGCAGAGGUCUGUGGAAGCCUGGGUUCCAUUAGCAUUCACAGGUCGGUACUAAAGAAGCUCUAAAGUGGCGUUACUUCUGAGUCUACUAAGUUCAUUCUUCCCAAGUAAAAUGGGUCAACCUAGUUAUAAGCAGAUCACUUUAAAAAAAUGCAUGUUUAUUGUUGUCCCUCUUUUGGGAUUAUUAGAUUUUCCAGAUUCGUGGGGGCUGCCUGUUGUUCCUCUCUUCAAUCAGCAGAUGGAAUUCUCCAAAGAGAUUUAGCUCUGGCCUUUACAAUCUGAAAUCCAUGCCAUUUUUUUCAAAUUCUAUUUUAUCCCAAACUCUAUCCAUCCAUGCAUGCAGCCUGUGUCCAUGCUUGUAUGUGCUUUCAGAUUGAUACACAGCGAUUUAAAAAUUAGGAAUAUAAAAGCGGUUCAAAGGUGUCGUCUUUCAACUGAUGGCAAUUGUUUAGUCCCUGUACUCACACUUCAAGCUGUACUAACAUACACCAGCAUCUGACUUUGAAAUCACUUGAUGGCCUUAGCGCAAUGUUGAAGUAAGCUAACGUUCUGCUGAAAGGAUGGACUAUAUCAGCAUAAGUUUGAUAGAACAUUGUUUCCAGAGUAUCUUUCUCUGCAUGUUUAUUAUCUGUAACAAAGUGAAUUAUUAACUGUAAAUUGAUAAGAAAACAUUUUUAAAGCAUACGUUAUUCAGUGACAGAACCAAAAAGCCCAUUUUAAAUUGUAAUGGUCAUUUAUAAUAACGUUUCUAUCCUCCCUAUGCCAGUGACUUUCAUUUCAGGCUAAAGAAGUCAGUGCUUACUUUUGGAUCCAGAAAAUUCUGUGUUGCCAAGAUGUACACAAUGUGUUGAUGCAGGUUUUAAAAAUGGCGUAUAAGGAGUUACAUGUUACUGGAUUGUUUAUAAAAUAUUUCCUGAUACGUGAUUAAGUGAAAAAACUUAGCUCUGCUCUAACCUUACACUACUGCAGGAGUAGAGAGUGUAGUCAGUCUUUGACUCAUUUCCUUCCAUUAAAGAAGAUGUUAGAUCUGUUAGAGACAGGAAAGGAGAGGAACAUUGCUAUGAAGAGGUGAAUCUUGGACAUCUCAAGUUUGUUUUACCUAAACACAGUUUAUUUGUUACUAGAGAAGCAUCGCUUGACAUGUGAGCCUCAAGAAAAUGACACUAAAAGUACCUUUAGAGUGACUACCUGGCCCAGGCAGUGUCUAGCGUGACUGUUCUUAGGUGCCCAGGAGGAAGAGUCUGUCCAGGCAGCAAAGUCCAGAAAGAGGCAUAAAAUCCCCCUAAAUCCUGAGAGAUGCCUAAUCUAUGAACCUCCUCAGCAGUCAUGUAUUGCACAUACUCAUCACAUUUCUGUCAUAGAGCAUAGAGAUCACAGCCACUUUAUUUAGUAUCUCCAUUUGACACACUGUCACCAUGUAUUUACAUACUGGCACCAUAUAUUUCCCUUGGGACUACUACAUCCCUAACCCUACCUCAAGCUGCCCAUCAGCCAGAUUAUAAAAAGGAGUGGGAAACGAGUAUUGCUGUGCAGCAUGAGAAUUUUAUGGAGCUGAGGAUGGAGAGGCAGGAAAGUGAAGGAAUGGAUUAGAAAAGAUGAUGAUAUACCCUGGAGAUCAUGAAGAGAGCCAGUGGGGUUGCAGAGUCAGUUUAAUUUCUGUGGAUGCUAAGGAAAACUUUUCUGGAAUCCAAAUCUUUUCUGAAAUGACACUUGCACGACCUGUCAGUCAAAGGCAUUACCGCUCCCGUGAGCUCAGUCUGAAGAUAGUGUUGCAAAGGACUAUUCCUUGUCUGUUUUCCAGUGAAAAGUGUAUGUCUGCUUGAUUACAUCUUGAAAUUAC